AUGCCUGAAAAUCUACAACAAAAGCCCACCACUUCCAUUGUACAAAUUACCAUCGAUUCAAAUGAAAAUAUCCCCGCUUAUUCAUCACCUAAAAACCAGCAAUACCCAUUAACAAACGCAACCAUACCCCCUCAGUGUCUCUCUCAGAAUAUAUAUGAAAAUCUACAUCAAUAUAAUACACUGCAACAACAACAACAGACGUCUACGAUUCACCCAGCCUCAUUUCCGUCUCCUUCGCCUAUGCCAAAAGUGUUGGAAGCUAUUCAGAGCCUCCCACAGUUGACAAAGGAGUUUGAGUCGUUGUCGCCUCAUACACAAUCUACCACGCUAUUCCACCUGCUGAAGCGUUCCAACAAAAACACACUCCAGCUGUUGAACUCUUUGAUCAUACCCAUUCUCAAGCGAGAUUUCCUCGCUUCUCUGCCUUAUGAACUCAAACUCCAAGUCAUUAGCUAUUUAGACGUACAAUCGUUAUGCACUGCCUCACGUGUCAGCAAAACAUGGCAGCAUAUUAUCGAUGGCGACAAGAACACAUGGCAGCGAUUAUUAGAGAAAGGCGGCUUUAAUUUACCAGCAACACAUACAACAAAAGCUUUCAAAGACCAUUACAAAUACCAAUACACAUUGCAACUCAACUGGAAAAAGGGCCGCUUUAAACGCACCGAAUUCCAAGGCCAUACUGACAACAUUGUUACCUGCUUGCAGUUUGACGAGGACAAGAUUGUCAGUGGUGCUACCGAUGCCAUGAUCAACAUCUACGACACAAAUGACCCGUCUCAGAUGUAUCAGUUGGAAGGUCAUGGUGGUGGUGUCUGGGCUUUGCAGUAUGUAGAUAACACGCUGGUCAGUGGUUCCAUUGACCGUACAGUGCGUGUCUGGAACAUGCGUGAGCGUAAAUGUACCCAUAUCUUCAAAGGGCAUACCUCCACUGUUCGAUGCUUGCUUAUCGUUAUGCCUGUUAUGGUGAAUGGUAGAUUAGAACCAAGCCAACCCUUGAUUGUUACUGGAUCCCGAGAUUUCUCUAUUCGUGUCUGGAACUUACCUGAUGUUGAAACAGAAGCUGAGCAAUUUAUAGGCGAAGGAGCUAAUCCAUGGUUCAAGUUUCUGCUGGUAGGACACACCAAUUCAGUGCGUUCCAUUGCUGCUCAUGGUAAUACACUUGUGAGUGGGAGCUAUGAUAAUACCGUGGUUGUUUGGAAUCUGGAAACCGGGCGCAUGAUACAUCGUAUGGAAGGACACACCAGUAAUGUAUAUUCCGUUGUCAUUGAUCCUCCAAGACAGCAAUGCAUGAGUGGCAGCAUGGACAGCACCAUUUACAUCUGGGAUUUGAUCACUGGCGAAUGCUUACACAAAUUGGACGGCCAUUCCAUUCUCGUAGGCUUACUCGGUUUGACUCGACAGCAUCUGGUCAGUGCCGCUGCUGACAGAACAUUGCGUGUAUGGAGCCCUGAUACCGGUGUGUGCGAGCAUGUGUUGGCUGGUAGACACGGACACGAAGGCGCCAUCACUUGCUUCAAACAUGAUGAUGAAAAAGUGAUAUCAGGUUCUGAGGGUGGAUUGAAGAUGUGGGAUAUAAAGACAGGAAGAUUUCUCUAUGAUUUGGUAAGCGACGUCAAAGGUGUUUGGUGGGUUACUUUCAACAAGAGUAAAUGCGUCGUAGCUAUACACAACCAAGACAAGACCUCAUUCCAAAUGCUUGAUUUUGGUGUCUCUUCUAAAUAG